AUGGAAAAAGAAGCAGGUACCCAUAUAUUGAAAAGUUAUGGUAACUUUUUUAAACAACAAUACCAAGACUAUAACUCUAUGUUAAAAAGUAACAAUUCUGGUUUGAACAAAACAUUCCUCCCAAUACAAGUUGAAACACUUCCUCUAGAAUGGGUAGCUGCGACAGAACUAGUAGCGUCUGAUAAUCCUGUUAUGACGAAAAUAUUGGGUAUUUUUACUUCUCUUUGUGUUGAAGUUACAAGUCUGAAAAAGGAGGCAUUUGAAAAACACUUCCAGUUUUUGUCAAUAUAUGAUGAAUAUGAAGAUAGUGAUACAGCAAAUCAAAUAGAGUCCAUCUGUUUGCUUAACUCUUUUAUAAUUCACUGUAGUGAUGUCUUGAAUAAUAUUUUGAGUCAAGUAUUUGCUAUAUUUAAACAAGAAAUCAUAAAUAUAUAUGACGUUCAGUGGCACUUUAUAAUAAAUCACAUUGGAGAAUUAUUUACACUUGUAGUAUUAACAGAAAUAUUAAUAUCAAAAUGUUCCUUACAAACAAAAUGGAAAGCAUUUGUUAAAACUUUUAAAUCUCAUUCUUUAUUGGCAAACCCCAAUAUGAAUAAAGAUAGGCUCCUUGCUAUUAUUAGUGCUUUGGACAACAUAGACAGCAGACUUAUGUGUGAUGACAUAGUUCAAAACUUUUUGGACAAUACACUGAUUCUGAAAAAGAAAGAACUUUCUGGGAAACUUAAUCAACAAUUAUCAACAGAAUUUACCAAUUACAUUAAGCAAGCCCUGGUAAAUCUUGAAAAGCUUACACAAGAAAGGCCAAAUUAUGAAAAUAUGUACAAAUGCAUCAAAAUAAAUGCUUUGUUUGCCCUACACCACCACAUGUUUGGUAUAACUGAAAAAAAGCUGUUUAGAAGUUUAUGUGAAAUUAAUUUAAAGGGACACAGCGUCUACAUUGCAGGAAAUGCCAUUUGGUUUCCAGAGCAGUUCCUACAUAGAUAUGUUCCAUCGUUAAGUAGCCAUAAAAUGUCACAAAAUAUGUUAAAAACCCGACAAGCUUAUAUGAUGUCCAAAAAAACGAGCCUCACUAAGGAUAUUAUAACUUUACAAGGCAUUUGUUCUCAUUGGGUCCUAACAGUUGAAGAACUCUUUUCCAGUAACAAUAAACUUAGUGCGGGUGAAAUGAGUGUUCUUGCUAAAACACUUUUAGAUGGCCUUGAGUAUGCAUCCACCUUAUUCCACUCAGUGCUAUCUUUCAUAAAUUUACAUCUAUCACUUGGGAUUCCUUUGACAAAAACUUCACUGAUAUCUCUUUUUGAAUUAAUUGAUAUUUUGAAAGCCCUCAAAAAUGCCGUUUCUAGAAACCAUUAUCAAAUUCUGCAUUCUACAACAAUGAUUAUUCAGCAUUUAACAUUUCAAGCUGCCUCAUCAAUACUUGAAGUAAAAAAAACAAUAAUUGAGAAUAAGACAUUUGCUAAUAAGAGAUUGGAUGAGCUGACUUGCAUAGUUAUAGCAGAACAAGCAAUUAGAGGAGCGGCUACCAUAGAAAGAAAUAUAGCCACCAAUGUAGCAUUGAGUUUUGUCCCAGAAGCCACAUAUUUAGAUGAUACUUAUGUAAAAAUUGGCUUACUACUAGAAAAGGAACAAACACUUUUAAACUUCAUUACAUCUAUUGAUAAGUUUUGCAAUUGCUCAUGGAUGUUAUGGCACCAAAAUGUUAUGCCAAUUUACUUUCAACAAAAUUUCAGCACUCAGUUGAAUGCGUUAAAAUUGAAAUUUUUCCUAAUGGUCAUUGAUGAUUGCAUUGGUUUUUUACAAACCACUGACAUAUAUUUUCAAAAGAAGCAAUCUGAGGAAUUCAUGUGUAACAUGAAAAAUAUAAUUGAAGAGAAUAUUCUAAAGAAUUUCAGUCAGAGCAUAGAAACAAACUUGCGUUUACAUAUUCAUUCUCAUUUACAGUUGGAUGUACUAAGUCCAUUAUCAUUCGACAUAAUAAAAAAGGUGUUACUGAAUGUGGAUAUUUUAAAACUGUAUACAGUAUAUAUGAGAGUUAUACCUGCUGUUGAACAUUACUUAUCAAAAACAUAUUAUAACUUGACUACAGUUGUACUGUCUGAUUGGAAAACUUACGGUGAAAUGCGUCAAAUGGCCAACUUUAAGUUUAAUUUAAGACUUAUUCAAGAUGAUCUUCCCACGCAAAUUUUAGAGCAAGGUUUAGAUGUAUUGGAAAUAAUGAGAAAUAUACAUAUAUUUGUAUCUAAAUAUCAAUACAAUUUAAACAAUCAAAUAUUCAUUGAAAAGAGCAGCAAUAACAAACAUUUAAAUUCUAUUAAUAUUAAACAUAUAGCUAAUUCAAUUCGAACACAUGGCACUGGUAUCAUGAACACAACAGUCAAUUUUACAUAUCAAUUUCUGAAGAAUAAGUUUUUUAAAUUCUCCCAGUUUAUGUACGAUGAACAAAUCAAAUCCCGCCUGAUAAAAGAUCUAAGAAAUUUCAAAGAUAACAUUGGGGAGCAUGGAAAUACGUAUCCAUAUAGAACCGCAGAGAGAUUUAAUAAAGGCAUAAAAGUUCUUGGAUUAGCUGCCGAUGGACAAAGUUAUUUGGAUUUAUUUAGGGAUCUCAUUACUCAAAUUGGCAAUGCCAUGGGCUACGUUAGGAUGAUCAGGUCUGGAGGUCGCCAUAGCUGUGCCGAUGCUACCAGCUUCUUAUUCACCCUAUCCCCGAAGGAAUUUAAAACGCAGUGCGAAACUAAUAAUUACUCUGAAAGAACUAUCGAAACGGCGGACUACUUGGACGAUAGUAUUGAUGGCCUUAUUUCUAACUUCAGUCAAGGAACUGAAUACUUUAAACUGCUGGUUGAAGUAUUCGCUCCUGUUUUCAGAAAUCCUAAACAUGUUCAUCUCAAAAACUUUUACAUUAUAGUUCCUCCUCUUAUUUUGAACUUUGUAGAACAUAUGAUUUUAUCCAAGGACAAGAUGUCAAAGAAAAAUAAAGUGGGCGCUGGUUUUACUGACGACGGUUUCGCGAUGGGAGUCGCGUAUAUUCUUAAGUUACUAGAUCAGGACUCCAAUUUCGAAUCUCUUCAUUGGUUUGAUUCUAUUUGGAAUCAUAUUAAAAGUGAAAGAGACAUGAUCGCCGAACAGAAGAAUAAAGGCUCAGUGCAGCUUCAACAAGCUUUGGCACUUUCUGAAACGAAACUACGAACUCUUGAAGAGGAAUAUAAAUUACUUUAUUAUAGUCUGACAAGUGCGAGAAUUUUUUUUACAUAA